AAAAAAACGAAUUACUAUUUGAUUCCCUUGACGAAAUCAACGCAGUACGUAAAACGGCACCGUUCCGUGAUUGCUUUCCCUUCCUCAGCUCUUUUUCCAAUGGCAAAUUGUACGCAGGAAAACAGGAAAGAAAGAACGAGGAGGUGCAAAUCUGGAGGAAAAUCUAAGCUGAAAAGUCCGUACACAAGCAUCUCAUUACAUUGUUCUUCACGAAAGAGCGUUUUCUCCGUUUCUACAUAUAGAUUUCUAUACACAUAAUACAUAUGUAAUGCAUUUGUUUGCAAUCUACAAAGAUGAAUAGAACUUGCCGAAAUAUGGGAAAGAAAACAUCAAUAUGAGCUUCAACCAAUGUUCUUUCCUUUUUUAAUCCCUUUUUAGCACUAAUAUGGCUGACGAUUUUUGUUUUGUCACCAAGAUUUUUAUGAGGAGAUCCUAUAAGAAGUUACGGUUCUCGAGGAAAUAAACUUGGAAUGGGAUGCGCAUAGGUGGAAUGUGUACUAAGGGUUGAUGUAGCUUUGUUCAAUUAGAUUGAGGUUGAGGUAUACUUGCUUGAUAAAUAUCUUUGAGCAACUUAUUCUUUAUUGAGACUGAUGAUAAAAAGAGUUAAGAAGAUUCAAGUGCAAAACAGUUUCAUCUUCUGAUUCCAUUCAGGACUCCUUCAUAAUAAAGCCACCAAAGAUUUCUCCGAUGAUGCUGAGAAUGGUGGUCUUAAUCUUUGCAAUGGUAUGUGGAGUUUAUAUAUGUUCAAUUGGCCUGAAACAAAUUGGUGUGAGUUCCACUGGACGGAUCGUAAGUGUUCAUUUGGUUGAAAAGCCAUGUGAGGCAACUGACAUUGAACCUUUGGAAAGACCUUAUGUGCACUUCCCCAAGCCAACAACUUUUAGCCGGGGUGAAUGUGCUUGCAAUCCUGUAAGAAAUUUUGCAAUAUUAUCGACACAGAGAUCUGGUAGUGGAUGGUUUGAGACAUUGUUAAACAGUCAUAUGAAUAUAAGCUCUAAUGGGGAGAUUUUUUCUAUUAAAAUCCGGAAAAGUAACAUGUCAACAAUUGUGGAAACUCUGGACAAACUUUAUAACCUAGACAUUUUGACAAGUGCUUCCAAGAAUGAAUGUACUGCUGCAGUUGGACUCAAGUGGAUGCUUAAUCAGGGUCUGAUGCAGCAUCAUCAGCAAAUUGUUGAAUAUUUCAGAGCCAGAGGAGUUUCUGCUAUUUUUCUCUUCAGGAGAAAUCUGUUGCGUAGAAUGGUUUCAAUGCUAGCAAAUUCCUACGAUCAGAAUUCUAAGAUGUUAAAUGGAACUCACAAGUCUCAUGUGCAUUCUCCCAAGGAGGCUGAGAUACUUGCAAGUUACAAACCUAUGAUAAACACAACUUUGCUGAUCCCCGACCUGAAGCAAGUAGAUGACAUGGCUAUAAAAGCUGUGGAAUACUUCAAUAGCACUCGACAUAUUAUAUUAUAUUACGAGGACAUAAUAAAUAAUCAAACAAUACUGUACGAUGUUCAAGAUUUUCUGAAAGUUCCUAGAAGGGACCUUCACAGUCGCCAGGUGAAGAUACACAAAGGGACAUUGUCUUCACAAGUUGAAAAUUGGGUUGAUGUUGAAAAGACACUCAAGGGAACACCAUAUGAAAGCUUCCUACGUGCAGAUUACAAGAUAUAGAUUGACAGUUUUCUUGUACAGAUGUAGCUCGUGUUCAAUUCAAUUCUUUCAUUAUUUACUGUUAGGAGAAGCUCUAUGCUUGUGCUUUAGCCAAAAGGCCGAGAAAGAUUAUAUUUGUUAGCAGAAGCUGACAAGGAAGCUUCUUGUUAAGAUUUUGGCAGCAGCAGCUAGUUUUCUAGUUCCGCCAUACCCCGUAAUGAGUGUCGUCUUGAUUUUCACGUUUAAGUAGAAAUUUGCGUGCAAUUUUCUUUGAUUCCUGAGAAUUAGGAACUUGUAAGUGACAUGAUCCAACAAUUUUUUCUAAUUUUGUUAUCAAUGUUUCUUUCCUUUCUCCUUAA